UUGGGACCGAAUUUAGCAAUGAGCUCACUUAUGUCCCAGACAUGGCUCCUAGAUCAGCAAAUUAUGCUGCUUUGGAGGAUGGAGGAGUGCAGGUCAUGUCAAAAGAAGACACCGAAACCUUGCAUCUGUGCAAGAAAAUGAUGGAAAGAGGGGAUUGGCCUCCCCUUCUAGUUGUCUUUGAUACUAAAGAAGGGUUCACAGUACAAGCAGAUAUAUUCAUUUGGGACUUGACAAUUAUCACAGAAUAUGUUGGAGAUGUUGAUUAUCUCCGGAACUGUGAAAAUGAUGAUGGGGAUAGCAUUAUGACAUUACUUUCAGCUAGUAAUCCUUCACAAAGCAUUGUAGUAUGCCCUGACCAGCGCAGCAACAUUGCACGCUUUAUCAAUGGCAUCAACAACUACACUCCGGAGGGGAAGAAGAAGCAGAACUUGAAGUGUGUAAGAUAUGAUGUCGGUGGUGAAUGCAGAGUUUUGCUAAUUGCAAAUAGGGAUAUACGUAAAGGAGAGAGGCUCUAUUAUGACUAUAAUGGACUUGAGAAUGAAUACCCAACUCAGCAUUUUGUAUAACAUCUCCGUUAUUGCCAUCAUACCUAACACAAGGUGGAUUGAAUUACUUCUGACCUUAAGCAAUUGAGCCCCAUUUUUGGCUUCCCUGAUGUGCUGAAUGCAAUCUGUAAUCUGUAUAUGUAGUAUUGUAGUCCUUAGGUGUCUUCUGCAUGUCAGUUCAUAAUGUAGAACUGUAUUUCUCCUUGAUUAAUUUUUAAUAAUCAAAGUCAAUUGCUGAUGCAUGCUA